AUGCCAGAACCUACAGCCCAGCAAUAUCAAAUCGAUGGCUUCACUUUCACGGAUGGGACCGGUCCGACAUCGAUCCAGCUAGCCUACCUCGACAUCAACCCAACUGCAGACAAGGUAGCCCUUAUUCCGACCUGUUUUCGCGGCCGGCUCGCGACAACCUUGACUUUUAGCCAUGGCGCCCUCAAAGACUACAGAGUCAUUGUAGUGGCUUUGUUUGGAAAUGGAGAGUCUUCGAGUCCAUCCAAUAUGACCAACUUCCCCCCGACGCUGAACUACCAAGACUGCGUUCGUGCUCAGCACCAGCUGAUAAGAUCAUAUCUCAACAUCCAAGCUAUUGAUGUGGUGGUUGGUUUCUCUAUGGGAGGACAGUGUUCGUACUACUGGACCCUGAUGUACCCCGAGCUGGUCCGGAACGCGGUCAUAAUCUGCUCGUCGGCUCGUACCAGCCCCCAUAAUUACCAGUUUCUCGAGGGGCCAAAGGCUGCGCUAGAGUGUUCUGUCGACUACAAAAAGGGAGAAAGCAACGAAACCUCUUCAAAGGCAUCGGCCGGGCUGCGGGCUUUUGGCAAAGCAUACUCGGCUUGGUUGACAAGCCCCGAAUGGUUUGAGAAGGGCAUGUACAAGUCCAUGGGGUACGAGACAUUGGGAGAAUGGGAUAGGGAUGCAGCUGGAAACAAUUACUACAAUUGGCAUCCUGAUGACUUGCUCGCCAUGGUGGGCAUGUGGCAGAGAGGCGAUGUCUCUUCGAUCUCGGGACAUGCAUCUUUACAAGAAGCGCUGUCACGGAUCAAAGCAAGUAUCCUGGUAAUGCCGUGUUCAACAGACCAGUACUUUUGCUGGGAAGCAUCUGAGAAGGAGGCACAUGCGAUUCCUCGCUCUACGUUCAAGGUUAUACCAUCUGCAUGGGGCCAUUUGGCUGGAUUGGGUUAUAACGCCGAGGACAAAGCUUUUAUGGAUCAGACGAUAGCUGAGUUUCUGAAGACGCAGUGA